CCUCCUUCUCCUCCCAUCCCAUCCAAUUAGUCGAUCGAAUCGAAGUGCUAGGGUUGAAGAGAGCGGUAUAGACCGAUAAUAGAAAUUCCUACAUUGGCUUUGAUUCGGAUUUACGCAUGCAGCAAUUGAAGAUUUUAAAUGGGACGUCAAUAACGUCAUAGCUUUCGUACUCGUCUGUGUCACCGGGAGGAUGGAGUACGUAGGAAGACGGCCGACGGCCGGUGGGCGACGUGGCUGUACGAGGAGGAUUUGAUCCUGAAGAAGGCACUGAAGAAGUACAGCAGGAAGAAUGAUCGUCCUCCUUCUCCUCCUUCUUUGACUUCUCUUCCUUUAUCGAAAUCGAGCAAGUUCACCAGCAAUUAAAUCGCAUCCGAGUAAGUUCCAAUCGUUGCCUUGUUGACUUUGACCACCGCGAGGCUGGUCAACACGGUGCAUUUGAUUACUCAAGAAUGGAGCGAUCCGGCCGAUUGCCCCCUCAACGCCAGUCCCGACUUUGUUGUCGUCAUCGAGGGAGAGAUUGAGGAUGGAGAGUGUUUUUCUCUUGGAACGAUUUGGGGGGUGGGUGGAGGGAAGGGUCGAAUCAUGAAGGUUUUUACUUUUUAAUUAUGUUUUAUUUUCUUUUUAAUUAAAAAUAUGAUAGGUUAAUGACGUGACAUAUCAACAAAACUCAACAUCAAAUUGAUCUUCUUCAUGUCAACCGUUAUCUAUAACGGUAGGCGAAAUCGCCUGGACAAAAAUGACAUACGACUAUCAGGGUAAAAUACAUCGGAUACCACUUAAGUUUCAGAAUUGGGGUAUGCUGAUAACGUCGUAUUUGCACAUGUUUACACCCUCGUUUCUUGAUCAUUUUGGCUUGAGUUUUUGCUUUCUUGGACUAUUUUAUGCUAGUUUGUGUUCCUUUGUCACAUUUCAGGUCAUAUCAUGUAAAUUGAAGCAAAGGCGCAAGUUUCAAGUCAAUCGGAGAUCAUUUUGCAAUUCGGGAGAAGAAACACGAGCAUGACCUGUGGAAUAAUGGAUUUCUACCUCAUAUUAUGGACAAAUUAUCGUGGAAUUUUGUUAUGAAAAGAAAGAGGACGAGACUACGAGCGUCUGGGUUCAAACGGCGACUGAUUUGGAGUCCGGACAAGGGAGAAACGAAGCUUUGAACAGGAGCGGAGGAAGAAUUACGGGCAGAAGAAUUACGACCGUAAUUUGGCCUCCCAUGCCCGUAUUUUCACUGCCGAGAGGAGCUUUGGGUGCACUGAAACUUAACCGAAACGCGUGUUUUGGGCAAAAUACGGGCAUGGAAGAAUUACGACCGUAAUUCAGCCCGUAAUUCGCCCAGAAUCGGGUUUUUGAGGCCAAUUUCGAGCCAAGGGAGAGGGAGAGCUGGGUUUUGGUUCCCAAACACCCAAGGGACGAACCCUAGAGAGAUAGCGACUUGGGAACAUUCUUGGAGCUAUUUUGGAGGAUUUCUUCGCCACUGGAGCUCGGGAAUCAAGCUUGGAGAUAGAGGUUGAAGAUCUAGAUCAGAUUUCUGCAGUCUCUCUCUUCUCUAUGGAGUAACUUCCCUUCACUUAGGUUUUGAGGAACCCUAGUUCCAUGAGUUAGGAUCUUUCUUGUAUGAAGUUUUGGAUGCUAUAUUGUUUGAUUAUAAUCGAAUGAUGCAUGUUUAUUGAGUCAAUUGAAGUCUGAUCAACUUUUCCUGAUUUCUGCUGCAACCUGAGAUAGAUAGAAUCUGAUUAGGUUGUUAGAGCCUCAUCAUUCGGUAGUAGGAGAUUGGCUAUACGAGAGUUAGCCAAUUUACUGCUUUGUACUGGAAUCCAAUUCCAGUAGUGGAGUUCUGUGCUUAUUGCUUCAGCUUUAUAUACUGGUGAAGACUAGUCGUCUGCCGGAUAGUUAGACUGAGAGGGCUUGGUCAGCUUAAGAGAUUCCAAGCUACUGUCGGAUCUUCCGCAGUUUAAUCAACAGUAAAACAACCAAAAGGAAUUACAACUUGGACCUAAUUGAGGAGCUAGGGGGAAUCAUACCUAAGUGAGUUCCCAAACUGUAAUUAGUAGUUUUACUUAGUUUAGUUAGUAGAGUAGUUUAGUUAAUCAAUCCUUAAUCUACUUUGCUAGAUAAUGAACUGAAGCUGAGUAAUAGUAACUCUAGAGACCCGUGGAUUCGAUAUUUAUUACUUGUGCCACUAUACUGCAGUCCCUUUCAUUGGUUACACUUGGCCAUUGUUAGGUGUUGUGUUUUAGAGCAUCAAGUUUUUGGCGCCGUUGCCGGGGACUUUCUAGAUUAUUAGGAAAGGCAGAAGUUUGUUACUUUAGCGUUUUUCUUUUCUUUUCCACCCUUGCUUUUCACUUGGGUGUUUUUUGUUUUUGUUGGCGCAGAUCUGAAUCAUGGAUCUGCAUGGCUUCUCCAACCAGUGGGGGUAUCCACCACCAUCCGAGUGGUAUUACCCCGAGACUCCUUGGAGCAAUCAAGGAGGAGAAGACUAUGGAUUCGGGUUCCAGUACCAACCCCCUUUCUACGGAGAACAACCAGACCCCUGGGCACAUCAAGAACAACCUCAUUACCAAGAAGACUUUCUCCCACAACCAGAAGGGCCAUCGGAGCUGGAGUUACCCAUGGCGGCCUUCACGGGCCACUCUGCAGAGCCAUGCUACACUUCACUGGAAGAUCCGAACAAACAAUUAAGGCUUCUCGUGGAGCAGUUUGCUCGAGACACUGAGAAAUCAUGCUCCAAGAUGGAUCUUCAAAUAAAAACCCUUGCCACUUCCGAUCCCACAUUUCUCCAUGAUAUGGAAGAGACUGUUCAGCGCUCAGCGAAGCAAACAGAGUGGGUGAAGCAAGUUUGCUCGCAUCUUGCUCAAGAUCACCUUUCUGCUACCACGCUAGAAGAGGUGGAGGAUGACGGAGUCUAUGGGAGCGACCACACCUUUCCUCAUGUAUGCUCUAACAUGCUGGGCCCGUGCGAGGAGAUGCAAGAUAAUCCCAUUGAAGAAAUUGCUUGGCGACUUGCUCUCCAAUCUGUUCUAGAAGAAGAAGAGCGAGCAAGGAUAAGGAAAGAAGUUGUGGAGAAUGAGGAAGAAAGCAAAGAAGAGGUAGUUCUUGAUCUUUUCCGAGGAGAGAGACCACAUUUUGAAGAAGGAAGGGGGGUUGAAGAAGCGAGUGGUGUCCAGGCCGAGGACGAAGUUGAGGUGGAAGAGGCUUGCACCGUCCAUGAGUUACAUGUGCUAUCUCCACCAAACUUCGAGGAAUUGCUUAGCAAGGACCCAUUUGCAGUGUCUCUUUGCCAGACCAAAGCCACAUCGAAAUCGGUCCCUCUUGGUGGACGCAAUGGUGGCCAAUCGAUGCUGUCAUAUCAGAAUUGGGGCAAUGGGACGAGAGAAGAGAAGAAGGGGUCUCGAGGAUGGAGACUUCAUCUGCAUCAAGUGCACGAGCUUCCAUCACCAGUCAUACCACAUGCUCGUGACUUGCGACUCCACCUCAUUGACGAGAACCUCAACUUCAAGGAGGUUCUAGCAUGGACCGAAACUUAGGAGCCAUCGUCCGGCUCACGACGUGAAAGAAGCGCUUGUUGGGAGGCAACCCAACCAGUCGGUUUGCAUUUCUUUCUCUAUUUCUCCUCGGUUGAGUCAGUUUUGUUCUUUGAUUUUAGAGUCAAUAACUCAACCUUUGUGAGAUUUUGUGGGGUGUUUGUGUUCCGACUACGCUCUCCUCCUAGAAUGCACCGCCUGCCCCAUCCACCAUCAUUCACCCUUGAUCUGGUAACUUCGUUCUACCCUCCUUAUUUAAUCGGUAUCCUCUUUUGAAAACUUGAUACCAAAUUAAUUUUUGAAUAGAAAAUUUAAAAUCAA